AUGGCCAGCAUCAACAUGGAUCUGCGCGGUUGGGUAGCAAGAUGGGGGCAGGCUAGUAGAACUAGCAAUGUUGGACACGAUACUGAACAGACUCUCAAACAGAAAAAGAGCAGGGAGCAACAUAUUGCGCACCUUCUUGCUUCAAAACAGAUCGCAGCUCCAAAGCAACUCGAAGCAUCCAAACGAGAUGACAUCCUACAACUCAAAUCUCUAUUGCCACUGCAUCGCAACCCUGCGCAACACUUCGAGCGUCUUUCGGUAGUCCUCAUGUUCCGCACUCCUUUCUCCAAGCUAACGCGCAGACAACAAAAUGACUACGGCUGGGGAUUGGAAAGUGUGCCUCUACUUGAAAUGUUCGGGAGAGAAUUUCUGAAAAAAACUUGUGAUCUGUAUGGAGUUGACCUUGGUCGAUUACAGCUGAUUGUCAACGAACUGUGGUUGGAAAAGGUGUUUUCGCCAUCAUUGAGCUUGAUGAGUGAGCUUCGAAAAUUCACAGAUGAGGAUCUGGUGAGCGAUUGGUUCAGAACAGCUAUUGGGUUGCCACUUCUCAAUAAGAACGGGCUGGUAUCUGCAAAUCAAAGCAGCCCUUCGGAGUUGCUCAGUACUAAAGAGCGCCUCCAUGAGCCACGGGAAAAGCCAAGACAAUCUUCCAACGCCGUGGCUCAGAAGCCAAAGUCAUCAUCUAACAUGGCGCAACCCAAAGUUGGCGGUCGUACACCACGUCCUACGAAGAGUGUCUACAUGACCAUGAUUUCUUCUACUUCUAAACAUGGAGGAAAAAAGAAUAUCUACAACCCAUCGGUUCUCCGUCGACCAAAGGACUCAACUGCUCAGAUUCAGACCUGCAGGGCUACGCAACCAACAUAUGUCAAUUCGAGAUCUUAUUCCAUACCCACAUCUAGGGGUGUGAGUAUCAGCAGAGACAACACCACCAGCCGCCGUUUCUCCACAUCCGAGGUAUCUCAAAAUGGGGAACGGGAGAGCUUCUGUCGGUCGCAAUCUACACAGCCCAAGCCUAGAUCAAGAUCAUUUUCUGAGGGUCCUAGUAGCUUACGAAACAGCGCCCGAGAUGCCUCAUUUUCUUCGCCCGUUAUCCAUCAAUAUGUACCAUCUGAGAGUCUCCCCACACCUCAACCCGUACAAAAUAGUCCAGGCACUGGGCUUGAAAUCGGAAUCGUACCAGCUAGCAUUCAAACCCCAAAUGCUAUGCUUGAUACUCCUUCGACUGUUACUUCUGACCCAGUUUACGAUGAAGAUUCCAUGGACAUCGACGAUGCAGUAUUCUUAAUCGUGGCAAACACUUCACUUGCUUCCAUUCAAGUCCCAACAGGAUUGAUCAAUUCCACUCCUGAUUACUAUGACGAUGGAGACGCAAUGGAUCUCGAUAUUCCAUUGCCUGAACGUCAACGAAGACCCUCUCUGACUCGCCAUCAGACUUUGUUGAAAUCAACACACAGUGCAUCUGAGACAGGGUCUGCAGCUACAUCUCGUAGCAGUAGCAGACGAAGCUCUAUCUGCAAUCCCUCACCGACAGCUUCUACUAUUAUGGAUGCAAUGAAAAUCAACCAUUCAAAAGUGGUCAGAAGCUUACGCAGAUCUCGCCGUUUAUCUCCGUCUCUGCAAGAUGUUGUGACAAAGUUGGAGGAUUUAGACACUCGCUCAUUUUAG